AUGUCGUCGUUUGGCACGCUUUUCCGCGUCACCACCUACGGAGAAUCCCACUGCAAGUCCGUCGGGUGUAUUGUUGACGGCGUCCCCCCCGGGAUGAAGCUCACCGAGGACGAUAUCCAGCCCCAGCUCACACGCAGACGUCCCGGCCAGCUGAAGUUGUCGACGCCCAGAAACGAAAAGGACAGAGUUGAAAUCCAACUGGGUACCGAAAACGGAUACACUUUGGGGCUGCCCAUCGGCAUGAUCGUCCGCAACGAGGACCACCGCCCUCAUGACUACUCCGAGACCGAUUUGUACCCCAGACCAUCGCACGCCGACUGGACCUAUAUCCAAAAAUACGGGCGCAAACUGGCUUCCGGUGGCGGUAGAUCGCUGGCCAGAGAGACUAUUGGCCGCGUCGCUGCCGGCGCCGUGGCGGAGAAGAUCCUUAGACUCGCCAACGGCGUCGAGAUCGUGGCGUUUGUGUCGCUGAUUGGCCCCGUGCUGAUGAACCGUGAUCCCCAGCUGCCCGAGUUCCAACAGUUGCUUAAGACUAUCACCAGAGAACAAGUGGACGACGCCGGCCCUAUCAGAUGCCCCGACCUGCUGGUGCUGGACCAAAUGACCAAAGUCAUCGAACAGUACCGGGAUGCUAAGGACUCUAUUGGUGGUGUGGUGACGUGUGUGGUGAGAAACUGUCCCAUUGGCCUUGGUGAGCCCUGUUUCGAUAAGUUGGAAGCGCAAUUAGCCCACGCGAUGUUGUCAUUGCCCGCGACUAAAGGGUUCGAGUUUGGCUCGGGUUUCGCCGGUACCGCCAUCCCCGGUUCUCAACAUAACGACCCGUUCGUAUUUGACGAAGCUAGCCAAAGAUUGAAGACCAAGACUAAUAACCUGGGUGGUGUCCAAGGGGGUAUUUCCAACGGGGAAGAUAUCUACUUUAGCGUGGCGUUUAAGCUGGCGGCUACCAUCUCUCAGGAACAGCCCACUGCUUCCUACGACGGUGCCGACGGGGUAUUGGCCGCCCGCGGUCGCCACGACCCCUCCGUCACUCCCAGAGCCGUGCCCAUCGUCGAGACGAUGACGGCGUUGGUAUUGGCCGACUUGUUGAUGGUGCAAAAGGCUAGAGAGAGCAUGCUGGCCCUCGUCCGUGAAGAUUAG